UUUCUGAGCUGUUGAAGACACCCAUUUAUACCUCCCUGUCCAGCCAGCUGCCUGUGGCUUGCCAGUCGAUCGUGUCCUCCCACCAGUGCUGUCUGUUUUUCUCCUUGGGACUUAGGGGCUCAUCAACAACACCAAGAUGUCUGAAGAAGAAAAAAAGAAGAGGGCAAUUACUGCCCGCCGGCAGCAUCUCAAGAGUGUUAUGCUCCAGAUUGCUGCUACUGAACUUGAAAAAGAAAGUGCUGCCAAAGAACAAGAAAAAGCUGACUACCUGGCAGAGCACUGCCCACCUCUGCAACUUCCAGGUUCCAUGCAAGACCUGCAGGAACUGUGCAAAAAGCUCCAUGCCAAGGUAGAGACAGUUGAUGAGGAAAGAUACGACACAGAGAUGAAAUUACAGAAAACUACCAAGGAGCUUGAAGAUCUGAACCAGAAACUGUUUGAUCUUAGGGGCAAAUUCAAGAGGCCACCCCUUCGUAGAGUCCGCAUGUCUGCUGACGCUAUGCUGCGGGCUCUGUUGGGUUCCAAGCACAAAGUCUGCAUGGAUCUGAGAGCUAACCUGAAGCAAGUCAAGAAGGAAGACACUGAGAAGGAGAAGGAUCUUCGUGAUGUGGGUGACUGGAGGAAGAACAUUGAGGAGAAAUCUGGAAUGGAGGGUAGGAAGAAGAUGUUUGAAGGUGGCGAGUAAGAAGAACCAACCAGCUGUUCAGUCUAAUCAUCAUCCCUAUCCAAGUCCCAAUGCUCCUUUGCCAUCCAUCCUGCCACUUCGUAUCUUGACAGUCCUUUGCAGUGCUGUUGGUGGGAUGACAAUCCUCAGGCAACAGUUGUACUUCAUAGAGCAACCUGUCCUACAGAACCUACCUGCAGCCUGAUCCCUCUAUAUCAUUGUUGGACAUUUUUUGUGCUGCAAAACAUCUUAAAUAUAUUUUGCAACUUUGGUAGUUGCAUGAGUUUAAACAAGUCAGUCCUCAUUCAGUCUUGUCAUUAUGUAGGAUCUGUUGUUUCAAAGUAAACUGAACGAAUGUAAAUAAAGCUUUGGAAGUAUGGCUGAAUGUUUAAGCCUUGGGAGGCCAAGGCGUGAAAUGG